AUGAAGCUCAGCCGCCUACUUGCCCUUUGCCUCACCCUCUGCCUGGUGGGCUUGGCGAGCUCAGGAAAGACCUCAGACAAUCUCAAACAAGAGGCUUCCCAGGACUUGUUCCAAACAUCCCCUGACCUGUGCCAGCUCCCCCAAGCAAGGGGCCCCUGCAAAGCUGCUUUGCUCCGAUACUUCUAUAACUCUACAUCCAAUGCUUGUGAGCCCUUUACCUAUGGUGGUUGUCAGGGCAAUGACAACAAUUUUGAGACCACAGAGAUGUGUUUGAGGAUCUGCCAACCCCCUGAGACCAAGGACAAGAGCUGA